CAGCACCAUCUACACUUUUAUACGGUUACAUUUAAAUACCACAGCGAGAGUGCGGGGCGCGGAAGUUAGGCGUUUGUGUAAUAUAAUUAGAAUGCCGGUGUAAAGACUGAUUAGUGGGAUGGCCGUGUUGGGCAAGAGGGCAGUGGCUGACUGGCUGAUAGUCCUCUGACCACAAGGUGGCCACGAAUGAAGGGCGCGCCCCUCAAGUGAGGUUCUCCAUGGAGUUUCUUUUUUGGUGGAGUGGUUUCUUGUUGAAACAGUGUUUUGACUCUUAAGUGGGGUUUUCACCCACACUGAGUGUAACUCAAGACUCUACAGUAUAUAUGUAUACAAUUUCCCUCGGCACAGCCCGCGAGAAGUCUGUCAAAGUUGCAAUGCCGUACCGCUUGAGGGUGACACAGGAGGAGGUGAGGCAGGAGUUGGCCAAGAUGGGUUUCAAAGGACUCUCAGAUGAUACUGUGGCAGCAAUGCAUAAAGAUCUGCUCAAGAUGAUCAAGAGUGACCUUCGUAAGAUGAAGCAGGAUGCAGAGCACACUGGCAUCAGUGAUCUUCCUCCUCUUCGCACCACCAGCCAACACGCCUCCUUCACCGACCCCAAAGCAAAUCUGCCUCCGCACACAAGCCUCCAGUCCUCCCUCCCCACACUAAAGAAGACACACGCCAAAGAACAAUCCUACAGCUCUUUGAGUGCUUCCUAUACUUCAAAAGACAAAGAUGAAAGCACAGGGGAGAGUGGCUAUUCUGAUGUUGAGAGCACCACAUCAGGUAUGUCAGAUGUGGACAGUUUUUCUGCUGCUGCUGAAGUUCCUCAGAAGCAGAGUAAUACUGAAGUCAAGCCAAGGAGACCCAAGAAACCAUCCACUAAAGAACAGAUGAAAAACAGUAAAGAACCAGUUUUGGGAACCGCCCACCUGCAGACCAUUGCUCUGAAUAAAAAGAAUAUAGUGAAGCAAGUGGGAAAGAGAGAUUUGCCCCAGUAUCCUUCAAAGCCAGACCCAGUCAGACUGUACCACUACUACAAGGCACACUGGGAUCAGUACAAGAUGCCUGGAGAAGAUCCUCACCUCAAGCUACGCUGGGCUGUCAGAAGUAAAUUGUUUUUUGCUGAGUAAACAAAUAUACAAAUCAUCUUUAGUGACAUUACUUUAUUGAAAAUAUAUUUAUGUAAAUGAAGUUCAUUGGAGAUUUGUCUUUUAUGGCACACAUAAAUAAUAUGCCAGCUGUAGUGUGUCCUAGGUUUUAUACUAAAGCGAUAUUAACUGCUAUGGACAAAUGUACAUCUAGCUAGGAGUUCCUAAACUUUGUCAGAUACAUGCUAUGUGCCUUACUAUGUGCCUCAAUGUGUGCUGUGAGAGAAUAACAUUGUGAGUGAACGUUAGGACAUGGACAUCAUUGUGGAGCCAUUACAGGGUUGAAGGACCAUCCACACAUGUAUGUGCCAUAUAUUGUCUUGGUUACUUGCGAUUAAUAUAAAUGUUUGCCUAGCAUAUGAUUAUAUUAUAUAGUGUGAAUGUUGUGUAUAUGAUUGUGUGGGUCACCCAUGUGGGAUUGUUGGCCUGGUAUAUUGAUUUACUUUAUUGUGAUUGAUAAUGUGCUUGGUGAUGCAUUUACUAAAUAUUCAUCUCUGUUGCAAGUGACAUCAUGCAUGUACAUACUGUGUAGCUCAAACUGAAUACUGAUUGCUCCUCAUAGUGAGCUGUUUAUUGUGGAGAUACUUUUUAUAACAAUAAAAUAAAGUAUGACAUUG